AUGGAAAACAAGCUGUCUACAACAACACAAGGUGAAGAGCUCAAGUCUGCGGCUCAGGUUGUUGGUGAUAUGCUCGCUGAGAACACCAAGAAUAAUAAGUUCUUGCAGAAUACAGGGUUCAAGAAUGCCUGGCCUAGAUCUAGUGAGCAGAACACUGAGGCAGAACUAGAAGCAGAGAAAAGGACCAAUGCUGAGCUUCGUGUAUAG